AUGAGACUCUUUCUUAGUGCGCUUUUUCGUCUUCCGCCGCUUCCAAAAAUAGCAUACAGAGGUGUUAAAUUAAACUUGAACAAACGUUACGUCGAAGGAAAAACAAUCGUCUGGUGGGGUUUCUCAUCUUGUACAACGGCUGUUAGUAUUCUAAAAUCGGAAGAAUUUUUGGGAACGACAGGUGACACAACAAUGUUUACCUUACAAUGCCAAUCAGCUAGAGAUAUUCGCAAACAUUCUUAUUUUCCAGCUAAAGACGAAGUGCUUCUAAUUGCUGAUGCUCAAUUCAAAGUAAUGGGUUGUCUUGAUCAAGGAAAUCUUCACAUUGUCCAAUUGGAAGAAACUUGUCCACCAUUUCCACUUUUACAACCGGUACCAGUUUUUAUUUCACAACCCACCAAUCCAACUCCCUCAGGAAAAACAGGUGUGGGUAAGUCGAUGUUGAUUAAUGCAUUAGCUAAUUAUUUGGUCAAUGAUACACUUGAGCAAACAAUCAAUGAUAGCAUGCAAGUCCUUACUCCAUUUUGUUUUUCUUAUUGUACUGAUGACACAUUUGAGGAGAGAAUAAUUGCUAUGGGCAAAUCAGAUGAAUAUGAGAAUGUUAAUGAUAUUGGUCAAACUUGGACUGAAAAAUGUCGCAGUUUUGUCUUUUCAAUUGGUGAUCAGCUUCUAAGAUUGAUUGACACCCCACCUCUAGGUGAUACUCGAGGUUUCGCACAAGAUAUUGAAAAUUUUCGUGAGAUUUUAACCUAUCUAUUCCAGUAUGAAUAUUUGAAUGGAAUAUGUAUUCUUUUAAAACUAAAUCGAGAAAGACUAGACAUUUAUUUUCAAUAUAGUGUCAAAGAACUUCUUCGGCAUUUACCUAGAAGUGCAAAGGAAAAUAUAAUAUUUGUUUACACAAAUGCUAGGUCAGUAUUUUUUAGCCGAGGUGCUACAGAUAAGCCACUCAGUCGCAUUUUUGACCAGCUAGGGGUGGAACAUGCUGUUCAAAUACCUUUCACAGAAGAAAAUACAUUUUUAUUAGAUAAUGAAGCAUUCCGUUGUUUGGCAUUAUACAAAAAUGGCAUUCGGUUAAGUCAAGAAGAACAACAAAAGCAAAUUAAAAGUUGGAAUCAUUCCGUUCAAGAAUGUGCUCGCCUUCUUGCUUACAUCACUACUCGUCCAUCUUACAUCGUUCGUAAUAUGAUUUCUCUUUACGAAGUUCAACAAAUCCUUCGAAUACUCACGACACAAGCACGUAAGCUAUUGUCUUUGAGUCAAAUUUAUACACACAUAACCAAUACACAAGAUGAGCAAACGAAAGUUCAAAACGUCUAUAGAAAACUUUGUAAAUUUCUUCAAGUCAAUGCUAUUCUUCCAUUGGAUGAGGAUCUUCUCAAAUAUAUUCAAGACGUGAUUCGUAAAAAAGAAAGCAAAAAGAAUUCCGGCGCUCAAAACGAUGAUACCAUUCAUCAUUUGGAAAAACUGAAAUCAAAUUAUGCAAAUGAAAUAGAACUUAAAAGAACAAUGGAAGAUGAGAAAAGAUCCUCAAAUAAAACUGAUUUAAUACAACCCAAAGACAUCUUUCCUAUAGUUACUACUCUAUAUAACUUACCGUUCAGUGGUCCAGAAAUUCGCAAACAAAUUGAAGAAUUGAAAAUUAAUCAAAAAAUGACAGAAAAACAAGAAAUCUUUGUUGAAUUACUAAAAAAAGUUGCAUCGUCCAAACUCAUGCUUCAACUCAAGAAGAUACUGUCUGAAGCACACAAACAUGCGUAA